AUGACUUGGGAAGAGUUCAAGAGCAUUUUUAACGAGAAGUACUACAGCGUGGCAAUUCGAGCCGCGAAAGCUGAUGAGUUUGUCAACCUGACGCAGAACAGGUUAUCUGUCACCGAGUACACCCUGGCCCAUAUUGUGGCUCAGUGGUUUGCCGACUCGACCAACAUUCUCUCCUCGACAAGUGCUGAGAGGGACAGUCUCACGGCCCAGGUCGGGGAGCUCGAGAAGGAGCUUGAGAACACCCAGACUGAACUAAAAAGGGUUCGGACCAAACUUGCUGCCUCGUCAGAAAGGAAGCUGAAGGUGGUUGCCAAAGCCACAAAGUCGCGGGGCCAAGUUACCAGCCUGAGGAGCGAACUCCAGGGGACCAAGGAUAUCGUGGCAGCGUCGCAGGAGAGAGUUACUUAUUUAGAGGCCGAAGUCGAGGCUACCAGGGCCGAACUCCAGGCUGCAAGGGCCAAAGUCGAGGCUAUCAGGGCCGAACUUCAAGCUGCCAGGGCCAAUGUCGCCUCGUUGCAGGAGAGAAAUGCUUCCUUGGAGGCGGAGAAGACUGCCAUUGAGUCCAGGUCCAAAGACCGUGCCCUUUACAGCGUGUGGAGGCAGGAUCCCAAUUUUGAUUUUUCUUCUUUCGCAUGCCCUUCCUACCAAGAAGCCUUUUCUGAGGAGGCCAAUGCUCUUCAUUCUUAUGGGAAACCAAAUGAUAGCCCAUUUUCGUCCACCUACAAUCCAAAUUGGAGAAACCAUCCAAACUUUUCAUGGAGACAAAACCAACCCCAAAUGAAUCAAGGGCACCAAUACAACACACAAAACCAAGCUCAUGCCCCACAAAAUCAACCAUAUCCGCAACAAAGAAAACCUUCCUUAGAAGAUACUUUACAACAAUUUAUGCAAUCCACCCAACAAAUCCUACAAAAUCAAUCUCAAUCUAUUACCAAACUCGAGACACAAGUAGGACAACUCGCCACUGCUUUAGCUGAUAGAGAAAAAGGAACAUUCCCUAGUCAACCUAUCCCUAAUCCAAAAGGUCAAUAUGAGAUAGGAAAGUCUAGUCAUAAUGGAGAAGUCAAAUCAAUUUCAACUCUUAGGUCUGGAAAGAAAAUUGUCAAACCCGAUUACAUACCCGAGGUUGAAAAAGAAAAAGAAAAGAUUAGUAUCAAUAUCCCUUUCUUAGAUGCCAUUAAACAAAUUCCUGCCUACUCUAAAUUUUUAAAGGAUCUUUGUACUGUUAAAAGAAACACUAAUGUUCCUAAAAAGGCGUUUUUAACUGAACAAGCUAAAGAGAAUGCUAAAACCUCUCGGGAAUGUCAAAGAAGGCUAAAUCCAAAUAUGAAAGAAGUAGUUAGAGAAGAGGUCAUAAAAUUGUUAGACGUAGGUAUCAUUUACCCUAUUUCUGAUAGUCAAUGGGUUAGUCCAGUUCAAGUUGUGCCUAAGAAGUCUGGGAUCACAGUUGUUGAAAAUGAGAAAAAUGAAUUAAUCCCUACUAGAGUACAAACGGGGUGGAGAGUGUGCAUAGAUUAUAGAAAGCUGAAUAACGAUACUAGAAAAGACCAUUUUCCAUUACCCUUUAUUGAUCAAAUGCUUGAACGAUUAGCUGGCCAUGCAUAUUAUUGUUUUCUUGAUGGGUAUUCGGGAUAUAACCAAAUCCCCAUUGCCCCAGAAGAUCAAGAAAAGACUACAUUUACAUGCCCUUUUGGGACUUUUGCCUAUCGUCGCAUGCCUUUUGGAUUAUGUAAUGCACCUGCGACUUUUCAAAGAUGUAUGAUUUCGAUUUUUUCUGACAUGGUUGAAAGAUUUCUUGAAGUAUUUAUGGAUGAUUUUUCUGUGUUUGGUUCUUCCUUUGAUGAAUGUCUGCAUCAUCUUUCACUUGUUUUAAUUCGUUGCAAAGAGAAAAACCUUGUGCUUAACUGGGAAAAAUGUCAUUUUAUGGUUAAAAAAGGAAUUGUUUUAGGUCAUGUAAUCUCAUCUGAUGGAAUAGAAGUUGAUAAAGCUAAAGUUGAUCUUAUUUCAAAACUUCCCCCACCUAAAACUGUUAAAGAAAUUAGAUCAUUCUUAGGCCAUGCCGGUUUUUAUAGAAGAUUUAUAAAAGACUUUAGCAAAAUUUCUCGGCCUUUAUGCCAUUUACUUGGAAAAGAAAAUGCUUUUGUCUUUGAUAAUAAUUGCCAUGUUGCCUUUGAAAAAUUAAAAAAUUUGUUGACUACUGCACCCAUUAUUCGACCUCCUGAUUGGAAAAUACCUUUUGAAAUAAUGUGUGAUGCUUCUGAUUAUGCUAUAGGUGCUGUCUUAGGACAAAGACUUGAAAAAAUACCUCAUGUAAUUUGCUAUGCUAGCAAAACUUUAAAUGAUGCUCAAUUAAAUUACUCCACAACCGAAAAAGAAUUGCUUGCUGUUGUUUUUGCAUUGGAGAAAUUUAGAUCUUAUCUGUUAGGGUCUAAAAUUAUUGUCUACUCUGAUCAUGCUGCAUUAAAAUAUCUCUUAUCAAAAAAAGAUGCUAAGUCUCGUUUGAUCCGUUGGAUCCUGCUUUUACAAGAAUUUGACUUAGAAAUACGUGAUAAAAAAGGAUCUGAAAAUGUUGUUGCUGAUCAUUUAUCUAGACUAGUUGUUGAAACUAUACAUGAUUCCACCCCUAUCACUGAAACUUUUCCUGAUGAACAAUUGAUGCAUGUUUCUUCCUUGCCUUGGUAUGCUGAUAUUGUUAAUUAUUUGGUCACUAAAGAAAUACCAUCUCAUUGGUCUAAGCAUGAUAAAUCUAAAUUUUAUUCUGAGGUGAAAAACUUUAUUUGGGAUGAUCCUUACUUGUUUAAAUACUGCCCUGAUCAAAUAAUUAGAAGAUGCAUUCCAAACUGUGAAACUAGUGGUCAAGUUGAAGUGUCUAAUAGGGAAGUUAAGCACAUUUUAGAAAAAACUGUGAAUCCAACUAGGAAAGAUUGGUCCUUAAGACUCACUGAUGCAUUAUGGGCGUAUCGUACCGCGUACAAAACACCCAUUGGCAUGUCACCCUACAGACUUGUGUAUGGGAAGGCGUGCCACUUGCCUGUUGAGUUAGAACAUAGAGCCUUUUGGGCAAUUAAGCAGUUAAACUUCUCUUUAGACAAGGCAGGUGAGAAACGAAAGCUUCAACUAAAUGAACUAGAUGAAAUUAGGAAUGAUGCAUAUGACUAUUCAAAAAAGUAUAAGGAUCGCAUGAAAUUUUACCAUGACAAAAAUAUUUUAAGAAAAGAUUUUUAUCCAGGUCAGAAAGUCCUUUUAUACAACUCUCGUUUGCAUUUAUUCCCGGGAAAGUUACGCUCUAGGUGGUCCGGUCCUUACAUUGUUCGUAUUGUUUUUCCACAUGGAGCUAUUGAAAUUGAAAAUCCUAAAAAUGGUGAUAUA